AAACGAAUGACUUCCAAAACAUUAUAUACAUGUAUAUUUAUUUUUCUAUACACUUUAAUUUUAGGAGAAGUAGAUUCUUAAACAAAAAUAUAGAAAUGGAUCUUGGGGAUAUUUCAUUGGAUUUUAUAUCACUUGAAUUUUAUUUAACAGGUAAUACUCAGAGUAAGCAGAGAUGUAGAGAUAUGUUUAUAUAAUUUGCAAAGUUGUUAUGGCAUGUUAUUAAUUUUGCCCUGAUUCUACUUGUAAAUAUUAAGUCC